CGCCCCGCGCAUUCCCGACCCUCCCGGGCGGCGGCGGCGGCGGCACCGGGAGCGGCACCGGGAGCGGCCCCGGCAGCGGGAGCGGCCCCGGGGGGCAGCGAUGCCGCAGCUGGAGCCGGCGGGGGGGGACGACCUGGGGGCCCCCGACGAGCUGAUCGCCUUCCAGGACGAGGGCGAGGAGCAGGACAAGGGCGCGGGGCGCGGCUCGGCCCACGGCGACCUGGACGAGCUGAAAUCGUCGCUGGUCAGCGAGACCGAGAGCCGGGGGGGCUCCGGGGCCGGCUCCGACGCCGAGGUGAGGCCGGGCUCCGGCGGGAGGCCGCGAGGCCCCGGCCCGUUCCGCGCCCCUCACCGCGCCCCCCCCGCUCCCCCGCAGGCGGAGCGGCCCCCCCAGCCCCGGGAAAGUUUCCAGAAGCCGCGGGACGCCCUCGCCGAAGUGGUGAGACGACAGCAAGAUGGGGGUUUUUUUAAGGGCCCCCCCUACCCCGGCUACCCCUUCCUGAUGCUCCCCGAGCUGGGCAGCCCCUACCUCUCCAACGGAGCCCUGUCCCCCGGCGGCGCCCGCACCUACCUGCAGAUGAAGUGGCCGCUGCUGGACGUGCCGGCCGGCGCCACGCUCAAGGACAGCCGCUCGCCGUCGCCCGCGCACUUGUCCAACAAGGUCCCGGUGGUGCAGCACGCCCACCACAUGCACCCGCUGACGCCGCUCAUCACCUACAGCAACGACCACUUCUCACCGGGCUCGCCGCCCGGCCACCUCUCGCCCGAGAUCGACCCAAAGACGGGAAUCCCGCGGCCGCCCCACCCACCCGAGCUGCCCCCCUAUUACCCGCUGUCGCCAGGAGCCGUGGGCCAGAUCCCGCACCCGCUGGGCUGGCUCGUGCCGCAGCAGGGACAGCCCAUGUACUCCAUCCCUCCCGGCGGCUUUCGGCACCCCUACCCAGCCCUCGCCAUGAACGCCUCCAUGUCCAGCCUGAUGUCCAGCCGCUUCUCCCCGCACAUGGUCCCGCCGCCCGCCCAUGGGCUGCACCCCUCGGGCAUCCCGCACCCGACCAUCGUCUCGCCCAUCGUGAAGCAGGAACCCGCCCAGCCUAGCGCCAGCCCCGGCGGCAGCUCGAAAUCCCCCGUCACUGUGAAGAAGGAGGAGGAGAAGAAGCCCCACAUCAAGAAGCCGCUCAACGCGUUCAUGUUGUACAUGAAGGAGAUGAGGGCCAAGGUGGUGGCCGAGUGCACACUGAAGGAGAGCGCAGCCAUCAACCAGAUCCUGGGGAGACGGUGGCACUCGCUGUCGCGGGAGGAGCAGGCGAAGUACUACGAGCUGGCGCGGAAGGAGCGGCAGCUGCACUCGCAGCUCUACCCAACGUGGUCCGCACGGGACAACUACGGCAAGAAAAAGAAGAGGAAGCGAGAAAAGCUGGCCCAGCAGCAAAGCCACGACACGGAGAGCGCACUGGCCUCCAAGAGCAAGAAGCCGUGCGUGCAGUACCUGCCGGCCGAGAAGCCCUGCGACAGCCCCGCUUCGUCCCACGGCAGCAUGCUGGAUUCGCCCGCCACACCAUCGGCCGCCCUGGCCUCCCCGGCCGCCCCGGCUGCCACCCACUCGGAACAGGCUCAGCCGCUCUCGCUCACCACCAAGCCGGAGGCCAGGGCUCAGCUCGCCUUCCUCUCGGGCAAAGCUGCCUCUUCCUCCUCCUCCUCUUCCUCCUCUUCCUCCUCUUCCUCCUCCUCCUCCUCGAGCCUCGGCAGCCCACCCUCGCUCCUCUCCAGACCCAUCCCCUUCACCUCGGUGCCCUCCACGGCUCUCCUCUCCUCGCCUCCGUCCUUCGCGCCGUCCCCGCAGGCUGCCCUGGCCGUGCUGCAGACGCAGCCCCUCUCCCUGGUCACCAAACCGGCUGACUAAGGGGGGGCUCGCCCCGCCGCCCGGCCCGUCCGCCCCCUCCCUGCUGUACGUUGCAGAAGCCACAAUCAAGAUUCAAAUGCAGCCAAACCAUUAUUGGUCAAUAUUUGACCCUUUUCUGAACUCUUUUUUUUUUUUUUUUUGUAAGCAGACUCUGGAGGAAGGUGCUUUUCUGCUCAGAGCUGCUGCCGGCAGUCGACCUAAAGACCGUUUUUAUUAAAAAAAGGAAAAAAAAAGGAAAAAAAAAAGGAAAAAAAAAGUUUUGUUUUUUUUUUUUAAAAAAGAAAGACCCUACUCAAGGUGCCGACGAUGGAAAUACGCCAAAUGCGGCGCUCGGUCUCGGGGGCAGAAGCGAAACGCCAGGCACUGACCCGGUGCCUCCGGCUGCUCCCUGCCCUCCCGUCCCGCAGCUCCUGCCCCGCUCCGUCCCGCGGUGGUGCCGGGGUGGGCAGGAUCUGGGGCUGAGCCCCCCGUGUGUGCGUGCGGGGGGGUUCCCCUUGAAUCCCUGUUGUUUUUCACAAAAGGAAAUAAAACUACAGCUGCAA